CAAAAAAUAAAACUGAACAAAAUUUAACAUAUAAAAAUAAUAAUAUUUCAGCAACCCAAAAAUUAGUUGAAGCUACAUUUUUAAAUGUGACAGUAAACGAAACAACGAACCACACGAUUAACGAUAUUUAAAUUAAGCUACUGAUUAGCCACAUACAUAAAUACAUAUGUAUAUGCAUAAUACAAGCUGGGGCUAAUUGUUUAGAAUCGCAACAAUAGAAACAAUAUAACCAACAACAAUAACAACAAUAACAACAACUACGAACAAUAAGCCGAUUAGCAGCUGCCCACGUCUCGGGCUGAAGUGAAAAUUUUAAAAUAUUUUUUAUCAACAAUAAUUUAAAAGUUUUUCGGAGACAACCCGGACACAAACAAGCAGCUGGAAGUUGACGAAGAAGAAGAAGAGGCAGAAGAGCUGAAAGCAAAAGCUACCAAGUGAAUAAACAAGCUGAAGAAGCGCAGCUCAAGUGAAGACAAGGCAAACAGAGUAUAACAGCAGCAGCAGCAGCAGUAACAGCACCAACAACAGCACGCAUAACAGCCACAACAACAACACGUACAAAAUGGCCGCCAUUCAACGCAAACUUGUGCACAAGCAAUUCAAUUCACCAAUGGGCCUCUACUCCCCGGAGAACGUAAAGGCCACACUGAAUCGCGAACUGAAGGCCUUCGGGGCCGACGGGAUCGAAAUCGAUGAACAAAUCACAAAGCCCCUAAACCUGGCCAACUCCGCUGUUCUGCGCGCUGUUGAGGAGGAGGAUCAACAAAUCAAAUGCGGCGACUUUUAUGCUCGCCCACGGCAAAGUCGAAGUAGGCAGCGAGGUGGCAUUCAGGAGACGCUGCCGCCGCAUCAUGCACCGCAUCAGCAGCUGCUGGACCAGAUCAAGUCCGAGUAUCUGAGCCACCAGCACGAUGUGGUCAUCGAUCGAGAGACGGUGCUGCGCAUUAAUCGUCUGUCCACGCGGCGCCAGCUGCCCAAGCGCGAUCACAGCUGGCCGCCCGCGGAGCAGGAGGCGUUGCACAGCCCCUCGGUGACGCCCUCCAUCACGCCCACGCACAGCAUCGAUGUGCUGCGCGAGAAAUUCAACAGCCCCACGAGAAUCGUGGAGCCAACUGCGAGGGAGCUGCGCCAGCAGCGCCGACAGCUGGAGCCGAAGCAGAAGCAGCAGCAGCAGCAACAGCAGCAGAGACCGAGGCAGAGCAGAGCAGAUGUCAGCAGCAGCAGGACUCCAGAGGAGUCAGCCAGCCCUUCGCCAGCCACACCACAGGCCAGGGGCUUCUCCGCGCCCGAGACGAAGGCGGCGGAUGCGGACCUGGGCCUGGUUGCGCCCAAAUGCGAGUACUACGAGCAGCUGACGCAGCAGCGACCCGCCACGCCCACAGCCAAGGUGAGCACGCCCAGCUACCGGCCGCGUCUGAAGCGCCAAUCCUAUUCGCUGGACCGUGGACGCGCCCGCAAGCGAGCCGUGGCCUUGGGCGCUGCCACGGAGCUGCCGCCCCCGAAGCCGCGCAAUGGGAGUGGCAACGGCACGCCCAAGGUGCAGAGGCGCAGCAUCAAGCUGGCCACCGAGCUGAGGAUCAGCUACGACACAGACCACGGCAACGACGGCGACAGCGAGGAGGAGCCCAAGGUCACGCUCGCAGCAGCAGCAGCAGCGGCAGCAACUGCGGCUGACAUCGAUUUGGAAUCGUUGCCGCUGCCCGCCACGCCCAGCGAAAGGGCAGCAGCAGCUGCCGCUGCAAGCGCUGCAGCCAAGCUGAUGACCCAGACACAGAAUGCGAGCUUGCCAAGACAGGGAUCCACGUCAAUUGACAGCCUGGCACUUAAGCAGCAGCAGCAGAUGGCGCUGGCCCUAGCCGCAGCUACGCCCGAUGGCCGAGCGCAGAGCGAGCGCAUUAUUCCGAUCACGGUGCUCGCGGAGACACCUCGGUCCGGCCAGCAGGAGGCGAGUGCGCAGGAUCCACGCAACGCAAUGACGGACGAUGCUGCUGCACCGCCAGCCACCUAUGUCAGCGCCACCAGUGGCAUCAAGCUACAGCGCCAGGACAGCUCCGGCAGAUGCAGGACGCAGCUAAGUCGGGCGAGCAGCAUACCCACGCCGCCUCCUCUGCCGCCGCCACCAGCGGCUCCGCUGCUGCAGCUGCGCGCCAGGUCGCGGCAGGAGGCGAAGGAUAUGCAGGCGCGUCGCCAGGGCGGCAUCUAUGAGCAAGUAGAUCCGCAACUGGCCUCCAGCCAGGUCAAGCAGCACGAGGCGCAUGUGGAGAUCGCCCAGCUCGAGGCGAAGUAUGCCCACAUCCAACAGUCCAUAGCGGAGCAUCUGCGUCAGAUCGAUGCUUACAUGGAGAACGCCAAGACUGCGCUGCAGCGCACAGCGCAGGUUAAGCUAACAGCAGAGCCACCAGCAGCACCACCAUUAGCACCACCCAAGCCACUCAGCAGCAGCCCCAGCAACAGCAACCACAACGAGCUGUGGGACCUGUUCGCAUCGAGGCAAUCUCCCAUCCUGGCUGUGGAGAGUCCUUUGCAGGCCAUAUUAAGGCAAAUUUACUGCCGCGCAGCUGGCAUUCAGCUGCAGCCCAAGGAGCAGCAGGACAGCCCAGUGCUUCAGCAGGAGCCAGCCGUGCCCGCUGAGAACGUGCCGAUAGUGGAGCGUGCUCUGGAGGAUCUGCAUCGCAUUGCCAUUGCACUGGAUAGCGACGGGCACGUGGAGCAUAAGACGACGCCAAAAGCUGACAAGGCACAGCACGUAGUCAUCGAGGAGGAAACGGAGGCGGAGACAGAGACAGAGGCAGAGCAGCAGGAGCUGAAGCUGGAGCAGAACUCUGACUUUAACCUAGACUACAGACAUGUGUCCGAUGUAAUUGCCAACUAUGAACAGCUGUCAGCAGCCACAGCGAAUCGACAGGAGCAGCAGCCCGAUAAGAGAAAUGCCCCACAGCUAGAGGAGCAGCUGGCGGGCAGGGAGCGGAGAGCAGUGAAAUGUCAGGAGCAGCAUGAAUCAAAGAAAGCAGACACUAAGAGUGAAGUAAAAUCAAUAAGGGAGGCGGAGGAGGAGGCGCUGCAGCAGGAGAAAAUAUUAAAGGAAAUACGCAAGGAGCAGCAAAGGGAAAAGUUGAGGGAGCUGCUACAGAAGCAGGAGAAGCAGUUGAAGGAGCAGGUGGAAUUAUUAAGGGAGCAGCAGAAGGAAAAGUUAAAGACGGAACAGCAGGAGAAGCUAAAGAUGGAGCAGCAGGAACUGUUAAAGAUUGAGCAGCAGCAGCAACAGUCGAGUGAUCAAGUGGAAGCUAAACACACUGCCACGCCCAGUUGUCCACAUGAGCCCAGCGAGCAGGAGCAGCAGGCCAAGUGGUGCGCUGUGUGUGGCGAGUGUCGCGACUCGCCGCACGGCUGGGGCAAGCUCAACAAGGCUGACCAGUGGCGCCUCGACAAUCUGCAGAACGAGUCGCUGGCCAACUACAAGUCAACCUAUGAGAUACGCAGUCCCUACAUCUCGCGCCAAAUCUCCUGGGAAGACACACAGCAGCAGCAGCAGGGGCAGCAGGAGCAGCAGCCGCAGGGGCAGCAGCAGGACCAGGGGCAGUCGAGGGAGCCGCUGCAACGGCAGCGCAGUGAGGUGGAGAUUGUAACCACGCCAAUUGCAGCCGAACAAGAAGAAGAAGAGACAACACCAACAGCCACACCAGCAACUGCUGCUCUGGCCGAGCCCAAGGAGUGGCAGCUGAGUCGUUCGCCCAGUCCAUUGCCUUUGCGCAAGUAUCCUGCUCCACUGAUUGAGACCGCACAGCGCUGCAGCUCGCCCUUUGGCCUGAAUGCAGUGCAGCUCCGAUCCUCAACGCCCUCACCCGCCCCACUGGAGGCGAAGUUCACGCAUGUGCCACAGCUGGAGGGUCACAACAUUGGACUGCUCGUGCACACGGCCACGGAGCCACUGCAGAUGUGCAUGUCCGCCUCCUCCUCCAUGCUGGCGGCCACUCCGCCGGCCACGCCCCGCUGCAACUCGCAGCCGCCGCCCUUUGAGUUUCUCGUGCAGCACGGCCUGGGCGUGGAAGCGCAGCGGGAUGCACAGUUCACUGGCUUCAAGUCUCUGGCAGGCAGCAGCGAGGAGCUGCCGCGCGAGCGCAGCGUCAAUCGAUCCUUUGACAAUGUCUCGCCACGCCCCUAUAUGGGCAUUGAAGGUUACAAGCGCGUCGCCUGGCCGCCAGCCUCCGAGGAGCGCAUCGUGCGCGAGUUCACGCCGCAGCCGCAGACGCAAAGCCCGGCGCCAGGCAGCGGUGGCUACUACCCACAGCCAGCUGCCAGCCAGGCAGCCAGCGCGAAUGCUGCUCCAGCUCAGGGCCCCAUUUAUAACAACGUUCAACCACGAACCCAGCAACACCCACAACCAAAGCCACAACCACAACAACAACAGCGAUACCCACCACACCAGCAACCCGCUCAGAAUGUUUAUGGUCCAGCCACUAAUUAUGCGGCAGCAGCAACAGUUGCUGCUGCUGCCGCCCCAGCUAAUACCUAUAACUAUCCACAACAACCCAUCCAAUACACACAGGCCCAGUUCAAUAGACAACGCUCGCGGGAGCCAACAGUCGAAGCUCAGUUCCCAUCGUACCCACAGCAACAGCAACAGCAACAGCAGCAGCAACAGUUGCCCCCGCAGCAGCAGCAGCAACAAUACCAACCGUCUUACCAACAGCAGCAACAGCAGCCGCUUCAGACCGUAAACAACGUUGGUGGAGGCUGGAAGCAUAUUGGUCCACCAAAGCCCAAGACGCACAGAGAUUUCGUUGCUGGCGGCGUUGCGCCCUACCAGCAACAGCAGCAACAAUAUCAACAGCAGCAGCAACCACCACAGCAACAAUAUGGUGCACCGUCCUACAACAACUACCAGCAGCAGCAGCAGCAACCGCAACAGCAGUGGCAACAGCACCAGCAGCAGCAGCACCAGCAGCAGCCGCAGCAGCAACAAUAUCAGGCUCCUUAUCAGACGUCGCCAUACCAACAGCAACAAAACUAUCCACAGCAAAAUGGUGGUGCUAACUAUGCUCAACCACAAUACAAUUCUUAUUCGCAGCCACAGCAGCAGCAGCAACAACAGCAGGUGCCCUACUCGCUGGAUCAGACUGAUCAGCAUGGUUAUCGUGGCGCCAGUCCUGGCAUCAUAACGCUGCGCAAGGAGGCGCCCGUCUCCCAGAAGCCAGCGCCAGUCUACACUUCGCAGCCUGCCGCCGUCAGCUAUCGAGGAGGCAGCAAAUUGCGCGGAGAUUUGAAAUGGCCACCACAGGAGUACAAGGAAGCUGCUGUACGCGAAAACGAGGAACGUCGCCUGUUGGCGCUGGGCCCCGUUUGCCGUCCCCGUAGAGUCAAUCGUGACUACACGCCCUUCUUUGCCAAGCAUCAGCUGAACCACUCUUAUCCCAGCUAUAAGGUGCCACCCGGCACUCAGCACAUAUUCGGAGCCUAAGAAGGGGAUCACGUAGAGCUCAUCAAGCAAACGGAAAAUGCAAAUUUUUAUCAAUGGAACCCACAUCAUAUAAUACUAAAAACGAUCAUGUAUAUGUUACUAAAACGACGACUAACGAAUCAAAGCAAAAAACUAUAUGUAUUUUGUUAUACUAAUUUUAAAACUUAACUAACCCACAGUCAACUUUAUAUACGUAUGUAUCUAUCUAUCUAUCUAUCAAUCUAUCAAUCUAUCUAUUUAUCAUUAUGUAUAUGAAUAUGCCAAAACGAAACGAAUAUCAGGGUACGAAGUACGCCCAUUACUUCUAUAAACACGUAGGAGCUCAUAUAUCGUCAACAUUGAGCAGACGUAACUCGAUAUAUGGGCGCUAUAUGCAGACUGCAUAUAGAUAUAGUAUAUUGGAGCAUAGAUACAAACCUUUAUGUUGCCAAUUGUUUAUCACUUAAGUUGAGACCUAGCAAAUGAAACGGAUAUGAUAUGGAAAAUGAAACCUUGUUAUAAUUAUAAAUGUUAAACAACACAAAACGAACUAACAUAUUUAUAAAUUUAUCUAUUUAUAUACUCUAUAGACCGUGCGAGCAGUCACGCCUUGAGCAGGUCGAAGAGACCUUUGGCCUAAGACUCUAUACUUCUGGCUAAAAUUGUAAAUUGAAUCGAUAGAGCCCUAUUUAUAGAGUCUUCAGCUUAGGUUUGCGUUGGGCUUGACUCUGGGCGCUGCUUCGCAUUGAGUUUUAUUGUUAAAAUAGUUUGAGUUUGCAUGAUUUUUUGUGAAUAUUAUUUUGUUCUAUAUAUACUUAUAUAUUACGAAUUUAUUGUUAACGAGCAUAUAUAAAAAAUGUCGAUAGUCCGUGAAGUUCGAUGGUUCAGUGAGUUUAUCAGAUAUAUAUAUACAUACAUACAUACUCUAAGAAAAAUGGAAUAUGUAACUAAUUAUGUCGCCGGGCGACUCGGACAGGUCCGCAUAGCAGUUCGCUCUCGGCCGGCAGGUGAACAAAUGAGGAUGCCUUUGCCUGCUCCACUAGUGCGGGGAGUUCUAGAACUUUGUGCGCGACCUGGUUUGCCGCUCGGACGACCAUCUAUAAUGAAAGAAACACCCAGACUUACCCAAAAAAGAAACAAAAAGCAAAACCAAUUAUGUCGAAUCAAUCAAAUGGACUUAACCUUAUACAUACAAAUUGAUGUAUAUUCAUAUAUCUAUAUAUAUAAAGAAAGGAAAAAAAAACAAACAAUGAAAUGAAAUAUAAAUAAAUGGCAAGUUUCUGAAUACUCGCAACGAGAGAAGAA